UCAGAGCGGUAGGUGGCAGUGUUUGCACCAUUCGAGUGAAUCGCUACCAACACAUUUCAGAAGAAGAAAUCCAGGGGUCUUAUCGAUAUUUACAAAUUGAUCAAGGAGCGCUUCUUGACGGACAUUUGGGUUGGCGAUGGACACACUUGAUGGCGGUGCCAGUGAAGACACAAAUGAAGCCGAGACUAUUGGGGCGCAGAGCCUGUAUGCGACGCUCGGCUUGUCAUCAGAAGAUGUGGAUGCACUUGCUCAGAUUCCUGAAAGUGAAAUCAGCGUAGAAACCCUGCCUAAUCUGAUCAUGCAGCUCAAGGCGAAGAGAGCCCAUAAAGAGUCAGCUACCGCAGACACCGACUACAGAGACAAGUCCAGAAUUUCACAGGACAAGCUGAAUACACCCGAAAAAUGCACCAGUGACAGAUGCAGAAGCCCCUUGACUUCUAGCUCAGCGCGGCGCUCUGGGAGCCACGGGAGCCAUGGGAGCCAUGAGCAUCAUGGGAGAGGGGAGGGGCAUAGGAAGGUUGAGAGGUACACAGGAGGAAGAAAGGACCUGGGUCACAGGAAGUCAUCCCGGGAAAGACAAAGUGGGGAUCAUGUGACUGAGGAGACGGAGUCUGGUGACAUCCCAAUGGUUUUCCCACACAAAUGCUCUCUUUGCAAGUGUGUGCUGAAUUCCAUGAAGACAUGGAAAGACCAUCUUUCAGGUGUCCGGCACAAAUUACGUGAAUCAGAACGAAGUACUCGCUCAUUUCCACCCCCUAAAAGACCCUGCAACUCUGACUGGGAUCAGUACAUGUCCACCACAUCAGACCACCUCUACCCUCCUAAGCCGAAUACAAGAGUGGUAGUUGCCAAGUUUCCUAUGGGUGCUGUGGCCGUGGGGGAGCUUUUAGAGCUUGGCAAACCAUUCGGGACAAUUGUGAAACACCUGGUGUUUCCAGCAAAGGGAUUUUUGGAGUUUAAUUCUCACAAGGAGGCUCAGAAUAUGGUCAGUCACUUCCAGUUGAAACCAGCCUUCAUAAAGGAGAGUGCAAUAAUCCUGUACUUAUCACCAACAGUGGAAGGCAUUUAUACACCACCCAAGUUUGAUGUGCCUUCACCAAAACGAACAAAACGUUCAAAUGCGCCUUCGGUGGUUUGUUUUUCACGUUUGCCUUCAGGGGAGGGCGUGGAGGCUGAAGUGCUGGAGCUUGCAGGCAUGUUUGGUGAGGUGUGGCAGUCAAAGUUCACUGACUGUAAGGCCUUGAUUGAGAUGGUUGACUGGCGUGAUGCUGACAUCAUGGUGAAGUAUUACUACAGUAACCCACUGAGGAUUCAGGGCAAAAGUGUUAAAGUGUCCAUGUCGCACAUCACAACCCUGAGAGAAAAUAGUCCAGAGUCUGUGACCAGAAAAUCUGACUCAAGCAAGUACAGCAGACAAAGAGAAGAGUCAACAUCUAGCAACAAGGACAAAAGCGACAGCUCAAACCAGGAAGCCACAGAGAAAGAAGACGAGUUGAUGGAAAGUGAAGACAAGGUUCUCGAAGAUGAGGAGGGAAUUCAGUUGGAGGAUGAACCUGGGCUGCUUGAUGAGGGGUCAGAAGGCAUUGUGGCUAAAACUGAGGUGAAAGAAAAAAAGGAAGAGGAGGAAAAGAUGGAAGAGGAGAAACCUACCACUGCUGAGAAGGAGAAUAGAGAGAGAGGUUCAGAGCAGAAUCAAGAGGAAGAGGGUGAUUUGGAUGAUACAGAAUUUCCAGAGAACAUAGAAGAUUUUGUUACAUUAGAUGAGCUGGACAACAAUGCAGGAGAUUCUUCUGUGCCAAAGUAUGAGCGAUGGCAAUGUGUAUUUUUCAUUCCACAAUCACAGGAUAGUAAAGUAGUGGUGGUGUGGCCUGUAAAGAAAACCCCUGACUUGAUGAAGGAUCUUUACAGUCUGUCUGCACCCUUUGGCAGUAUGGUGAAGCAUUCUUUAUCCACGUUCAAACAAGAGGCUAUGAUCGAACUGGAAACAGCUGAAAAAGCCCAGGAAAUGGUGCAGUUCUACAGCAAUCACAAGGCAACGAUAUGUGGCAGGCCGGUGUCUGUUUCCAUGUGCCUUACCAUGAAAACAAUAGAGAGCCCUAGUGGGAGGUCUGUUUUCAUCAGCUGUCUUCCCAACCAGAGGUACCUACGACAGAAAUACACAGACAAAUCCCUCUUCAAACUGACUAAACCUUUCGGAAAACUGACUGGCUACUCUCUGCACAGGUAUCAAGGAACGUGUUACAUGCAACUGGAAAGUACAAAGGCAGCUGAAAAAAUGGUUGCACAGUACAGUCGGAGGCCUUGCAAAUUUUGGGGGUCGGUGCUGAAGAUAGCUAUGUGCAGGAAAGGGGAUUCUCUGAUUCGCUGGAGAUACCCUGAAAAUGCAGAAGAAAGAGAGUUAAAAAAGGAAACUAAAGAAAUUAAACCAAGCACUGAAAGGACAGAAAAUGACCAGAACCAGCACAGUUCUUUACCGGAUUGUGAAGGUGUUGGUGGGGAUCCAGUUUGUGAAACUAAAGGUUCGGAAGAGAAUAGUCAACUGGACAAAACCCCUCUGAACCCUUAUCAACCAGACCAAAUUGUGGGUGUGAACUACGUCAUCCCAGUGACUGGCUUCUUUUGCAAGCUGUGUAACAUAUUCUACACUGAUGAGAAGAGAGCAAAAUCAGAGCACUGCUGCAGCCUUGAACACUACAACAACCUCAAGCUUAAACAUGCUGAAGUGGUGGAAGAGGCAGAUGGACACCCAGAUGGCUGAGUGAAAGAACACAAAGAAGACAAAGACAUUGUACUUUUGAGCCAUUGUUUUUUAUUUGUUUUCAUUCCAGUUAGUUUCCAUAUUCUUUCUGUUCAAAUGUUUUUUCACCAUUUUACAAGAGUGAGUGAGUGUGUGUGUGUGAGGCAGAUUUUGUGGACAAAAUUGUGUAGCCAUUGUGAUAGUUUGGAUGUUUAACUGUAAGCAGAAUGAACAUGUAUAUCAGCUAAAGGAGAAUGUUACACUAUGCUCUUGAAAUAAACUCAUGUUUGUUUACUGUCA